GGUAUAUCAAAUUGUAUAGUUUAAAGGACGUUUUGAUGGCUAGUGAUGUAGAAAAAUCGCCGAUGAGGUUGAUCUAGUCAGUGAGAGACUUUAGUGGCGGGGCACGCGAUGAGGCACAGUCGUACGGAAAGCUCUGUAAUCGAGUCAUUAUGCUAGAUAUUGGUAUUUUCAAAAGGAAAUUAGACCAGAGUGAUCAAUUUAAUAUAUGGCUUCUUUCCAUAGAGAUCAUAGAGAGAUCUACUGCUUUUGUAAUAUCGAUCGGUCCUGGUGACAAAAUUCGCUUCAAUAUUGAAAGUCCCAACGUUGCUGAACGAGUAGAACGGUAAAUAAAAAAGAGCGCUAAAGUACACGCAGGCUGACUCCUCAUCAACUGCGAAUUUCGGCUUCUCGCGUCAGCGAACUACAGCAUUUAUUGGAUCGGCUAGAAAGAGGCUAGACAGGCAAGUUAGCCAGGUAUGUCUGGCGAUGCUGAGUUCCCGCUAUUGCGGGCACAGGGACUCUAUGCUUCACAAAUCACUGGCGACGGGAACUGUCUAUUUCGCGCACUGGCUGAUCAGCUUUACGGCGAUCCGGAUCUACACUUUACAGUUCGCCGAGAUGUGGUCGAAUUUUUACGAGCCAACAAGGAUCAGUACAUCGGGUUUCUACCAGCAGCGCUAGGUGUUGCCGUUGGCCGUAAGAGUCAGCGACGAGCAGCGUCAGCUGCGUCGGCAAACUCAGCAGCCCGGGAUUCAGCUCAGGGAGCCGACAAGAUGUGGGAGAGUUAUCUAGAGAACAUGAGCAAGAAUGGCGUUUACGGUGAUAAUCUCGAGAUUGUCGCGUUUGCUCGGCGAUUUCAGGUCGAUGUGAAGAUCCAUUUGACUGACUUUGCUUACGUUGUGCCGAGCGGCGACGUUAACGCAAAGCGGUUGCUACACAUAGCGUAUCACCAAUGGGAGCAUUAUUCUUCAAUCAGAAACAUUGACGGGCCACAUAGCGGAUUACCAGAAGUCAAGGAGAAGAUCAUAUCGCGUGCCGAUUCAGACAAGCUACUAGAGUCUCACACAUACUGCCAGCCGUGGAUGGAGAAAGUUGUUUUAUCCUCAAUACCAGAUCUCGAUGGUCCCAAGAACAUGAUGCGAGUACGCGACGCUAUUGAGAAAUUCAAGGGCGACGUGAAUCAGGCAGUGGAUUUUUUGUUUGAGUUGAAGCUGAAGGAGGACGAGGCUACAGAUGGGAGCGUCGACAAGAUCGCAGAGGCUGAGAAGAAUGGACAAGUCCCGGACUUGGGCAAUGCAUCAGGAUCAGGGUCGCCAGGUGUUGAGAACGGACAGGUUCCUGCGGGGGAUUUACAGGCUUCGUCGUCACCUCAGUCGACUGAUUCGGGCUCAGAAUCUCUACCACUGACUCCGCCCGAUAUCCCAAGCAGCCGAAGCUCUAGCCGAUAUGCAACGCGCAAGCAAGCAGCUCUGAACCGCGUGUCACAGACGGGAGGUAACCCCAAGCCAAAGAGAAAAGAAACUGCACGUGAGAGAAAGGAGCGGCAGAAGCGCGAAUCGAAAGAGAGACGGCAGAGAGAUCAACGGCAGGUUGGUGAGACGGGUGGAGUUACUGACGGGUCUACUUCGAAAGGGUUUGAUACUGAUCCCCAGUCGUCGGCUGCCGCCUCAAAAGUCGUUUUCAUUUAGUAUGCGGUGUCUUUUGUGUCUCGGGCAUUUCUUUGUUUUUGCUUCAGCGAGGGAAUUCGUUUGGUAUGGUCUUUUUUUCUAUCUGCAUAGAUUCGUUGCCCGGAAGGCAGGGGCAUUGGAUCAUGAACUCAUGAGGAUGCGUUUGAUUUCAACAUUUGAUACGACUUGCAUCAUGUCUUGCAUUGCGAUUUAUUUGGGUCACGGACGAGUUGUUAUUGCACGUACUGUUUUAUUGAUGACGAUUAUGUGCUUUCAGAAUGCGUCCAGAAUAACACAUUCAUAAUAAUUCCAGAAUGCUCU